UCUACCCACUAAACUCAUCCAAGAGCUUUGUGUGUUUGGGUGAAACUGAAACCAUUUUCCAUAGCUUUCUCUUUUUCAUAUCUUGAGGUAGGAAUGUCUUGCUGCGGAGGAAAGUGUGGCUGCGGCUCUGGCUGCAGCUGUGGUACCGGCUGUGGAGGGUGUGCGAUGUACCCUGACAUAGAGAAGACCACCACAACAACCACCAUCGCUGGUGUUGCACCAGCAGUGAAUAUGAACUCAGAGGGGUCUGAGAAGAGCUCCGGAGCUGAAGGAGGCCAUGGUUGCAGCUGUAACCCAUGCAAGUGUAACCCAUGUAACUGUUAAAAUUACUAAAAUAGGUUCCAAUUCCAAGCCCCAACCAAAGUGCCCUUAUAUAUAUAGUUUGAUAUUAAAAUAAAAUUAAAAAAAAAAAAAUUGGGGUUUGGGUUUUUACGUAUGUGGAUUUUGGGGUUUUAAAUGCAAUGAAAUAAGACGGGCAUGGACGUGGUGUGUUCUUGUGAAGUUUGUAUUUGUGUCUGCUUUGUGGGAUUUGGAGUUUGAUGAUGAUGAUGUAUGUGUGAAAGGAGGGUUGAAUUGUAUGGAAAACAAAUUGAUGUGUAUGAAAUAUAUAGCCCCACUUCAAUUGUUGCCUAA